AAUCCCUAAUCAAAAUCCCCAAUUUCCCAAUUCCCAAAUUCAGUUCAUGAUCACAGCCUCUAUUUCCAAAUUCCCCGCCAUUGUUCCUUCCAGAUUCUCCUUCUUCCGCUCCGCCGCCGCCUCCUCCGCCAUGUCUGAAUCCGAUCGCUCAUCGCCCUUCGCCGCUCCUCGCUUGGUCCUCAAGAAGAUUCUCGCCAAGCUCCAGCACGAAGGAGACGGCGCCGUCGUUCGUAGAGGCAUUGGAAGAACUGAUUUGAAGAAUUUGGAUCCGUUUCUCAUGCUCGACGAUUUCUCCGGUUGGCAGCACAAGGUAACUUUAUGA